AUGACGGAUUCGAAUUCUUCUACGAUGGAGGUCUUUACCGGUGCAUCUAAUGUCAAUAUCGGCAACGGCAACUUUACGAGCAUUGGAAGGGAUCAGAUCAACUACUACACGACCCAGACUACCAUUGUUCAGACACGAGAUAAAAAGAGGAAGAUUGGCAGCAGUCCACCAGAACUUUCCAAGAAACGACGUGGCAAGAAGAGGAAGAUUUGCAGUGGUCUACUGGAACUUUCCGAAUUCACCGAAAUCAAGCGGGGCGAUAUAUAUAAGGACAAAGACAUCUGCUAUUUUUGGCAGUUGUGUUCAAAUGGGAAAGACAACACCGAGGCAGCUGUCUAUCAUGCUGAUAUUAACAUAACUGGGCCGUUUGGACAGAAAAAAUUCACUGUGAAAGAGUAUCGUGGUCGAAAUGCGAAGAAGGUAGGUGUGGAGGGUUUGUCUGCCACUAGGUAA